CUGCUUGACAUUGAAAGCACAAACACAGUUCCCUCUCUUCCGACGGCAUUUACGCUUCUGCAACUCGCCGCCCGGUGAGUAAUCGCCGAUCGAAUUCCGGCUUGGAAUGUAAUACGAAAGCUCUUCCAAGCUGGGCCGCCUUCCAAUGUUUGUCUAUGUGCGUUGCCUACAGAACUCUUUUAAGGUACACUGGUCUUCUUCUCUGAGUCCAUUUCAAACCCUAACUCCCAAGUUCUUAAACAAGUACAGUUCUUCGUCUUCUUCUGAUUCGAGCACUUGUGCUUUUGAUUAUAUUGCUCAAUUUUUGCCUUCCAACGAUGGUACUUUGAAAUUGGUUUCUGUGAGUUCCGUCACUACGAAUGACCGACGUAGAAUCACUGUUGGGUUAUCCAAAGCGAUUAAGUUGUACCAGGGAUACGCAUUGAAGGAAUUAUCGAGAAAUUUCUGCCCCUUUUUCUUGGUUAAGAUUAUGAAAUUGUUUGAAUGUCGGGAAACUGCGUUUGCGUUCUUCAAGCUAGCGUUUAAUGACGAUUGUGAAGAGACUGUAAGGUCUUGUUGUGUAGUGGCACAUCUCUUAGCUGCAGAACGAAUUUUUUUGCUCGCGCAAGAUAUUGUUUCGUGGAUUUUUGCAAGAAUUGGUCCACGUAGGAGCAAGGAUUUGGCGGCAUUUAUGUGGGAUGGUCACUGUGAGUAUGAAUCUGACCUUUCAGUUUUGAACACUCUAAUGCGGGCGUUUAUGAAGUCGGAAAUGCAUUAUGAGGCGUUAGAAAUAUUGAGUAAGAUGCGGGAGGUGGGAGUGAUGCCAAAUGCAUCCGCCAUUUCCAUUCUUUUUAGAUUGCUGCUUAGAGCUGGUGAUUAUGGUGCUAUAUGGAAGUUGUUUCGGGACGUGGUUCGGAAGGGACCUCGCCCUAAUAACUAUAUGUUUAACGUAAUGAUUCUUGAGUUUUGUAGAAAAGGUUGGAGUGUGAUUGGAGAAGGUCUAUUGCAUGUAAUGAGAAAAUUUAGAUGUGAACCAGAUGUUUAUUCGUAUAAUAUUGUGAUAAAUGCAACCUGCUUAAGAGGGCAGUCAUCAGAUGCACUUCAUUGGGUGAAUAUGAUGAUUGAAAACGGCUGUAAGCCCAGUAUUGCUACAUUCAGUAUCGUCAUUGAUGCCUUCUGCAAGGAGGGAAACGUGGAGUUAGCUAGGAAAAUCUUUGAUGAAAUUGAAGACAUGGGUCUUUCUCAUAAUACUAUAGUCUAUAAUAGCAUGAUAAGUGGGUAUGUCAAGGCAAGAGACAUUGGUCAAGCAAACUUGCUCUUUGAAGAAAUGAGGACCAAGGAUAUAGUUCCUGAUGGCAUUACCUUUAAUAUAUUGGUUGCUGGUCAUUACAGAUAUGGAAGGGAGGAGGAUGGGGAUCGAUUAUUAAGGGAUUUAUCUGUGUCUGGGUUGCUUCAUGAUUCUUCCCUAUGCGAUGUAACCGUUGCAGGAUUGUGCUGGGCAGGUAGAUAUGAUGAAGCCAUGAAGUUUCUAGAGGAUUUACUUGAGAAAGGAAUUCCUCCAAGUGUAGUAGCUUUUAAUUCCAUUAUUGCAGCCUACGGCAGUGCAGGUUUAGAAGAGAGAGCAUUUUAUGCUUAUGGUACAAUGACGAAAUUUGGUUUAAGCCCGUCAUCUUCCACAUGUAGUUCCUUGCUUAUCAGCUUAGUUAGGAAGGGGAGCCUUGAUGAUGCAAGGAUAAUUUUGUACGACAUGAUAGAAAAGGGAUACCCUGUCAAGAACAUGGCUUUUACAGGUCUUUUCGACGGGUACUUCAGAGUAGGAGAUGUUAAUACAGCUCAAAGUCUGUGGAAUGAGAUGAAGGGUAAGGGGGUGUUUCCUGACGCUGUUGCAUUUGCAGCUUUCAUUAACGGGCUCUGUAUGUCGGGUUUGAUGGAGGACGCUUAUGAUGUGUUCUCUAAUAUGUUGAGAAAAGGGUUUGUACCAAAUAAUUUUGUUUACAAUUCCUUGAUUGGUGGAUUCUGUAGAGUGGGAAAACUAAAUGAAGCCCUGAAAUUGGAGAGAGAAAUGAAGAAAAGAGGCCUUCUUCCCGAUAUUUUUACGACGAAUAUGAUCAUUGGUGGGUUAUGCAAACAAGGUAGGAUGAAGUUAGCAAUUGAGACGUUCAUGGACAUGUAUAGGAUCGGUUUAUCUCCUGAUAUUGUUACUUACAACACAUUGAUUGAUGGUUACUGUAAAGCAUUUGAUAUGGGUGGUGCAGAUGAUUUAGUGAUGAAAAUGUCGGAUAGUGGGUGGGAACCUGAUAUCAUGACUUAUAAUAUACGAAUUCAUGGUUUCUGCACAGCCCGAAAAGUUAAUCGGGCUGUACAGAUACUAGAGGAACUUAUUUCAGCUGGAGUAGUUCCGAAUACUGUAACAUACAAUACCAUGAUUAAUGCUGUCUGUAAUGUUCUCCUGGACCAUGCUAUGAUUUUAACUGCGAAAUUGCUUAAGAUGGCGUUUGUUCCAAACACUGUCACAGCAAACGUAUUACUGUCUCAAUUUUGUAAGCAAGGGAUGCCUGAGAAAGCCAUAUUUUGGGGUCAGAAGUUGAGUGCGAUUCGUGUUGAUUUCGAUGAAACGACACAUAAAAUAAUGAACAGGGCCUACCAUAUUAUACAAGAAGGUGGCGAGCAUAUAAAUGCAUCAUAUGAGAAAAGCGUCUUCAUGGAUUUUCUCAUGUAUAUUACUUAUGAUUACUUCUGUAGAACUAAACCCUCACAAGAGAAAGAUGAGAGCUUAGCUUUUAAAACUAGUUUCAGUCAGUUCAAUAGGUUGAUUGAGGACUACCCAUACAAAAUAUGCAUCCCUAUUGGGUAUGAUGCUGAUAUUCAUAAUUCACUAAACGAUGAUCGAAGAAGCCCCUCCCUCUGAAA